AUGCUGCUCGCGCGGCCAUGGGCAGCCGUCUCGCUGCUGGCGACAGCUGCCCUAGGAUGGGUGAAUACAGCCUCGGCGCAAGACGAUGGUGAGAUCAAGACUACGCACACACAGUCUACAACCGGUCAGUUCCCGCCUCAGCCCCUAAGCCCCGAUGCGCCUACAUCCACCCCCAUACCCUACCUCGACUCGGACAUGCAAUCCCGCUGGUUCGACUUCGGCGGCGACACCAUCGUCCGCACCGACAAGUACAUCCGGCUGACCGCCGACCGGGCCUCACGCGCUGGAUGGCUCUUCUCACGCGUGCCCCUAACAGCCACAAACUGGGAGAUCGAAGUCGAGUUCAAGAUCCACGGGCAGGGGAACCUGUACGGGGACGGGAUGGCGAUGUGGCUGACGAAGCAGCGCGGGCAGGGCGGGCAGGUGUUUGGGAGCACGGACAUGUUUGAGGGCUUGGGGAUUUUUUUCGACACGUAUAAGAAUAAUCGGCCGGGGGUUGUGUUUCCAUACGUCAUGGCUAUGUUGGGGGACGGGAAGACGCCGUACGACAAGGCGAACGAUGGGAAGGCGAAUGAGUUGGCUGGAUGUUCGGCCCGCGGCAUCCGCAACCAGCACACCCACCCCACAAAAGCCCGUCUAACCUACUUCGCCGAAAAGUCCCUCUCCCUCGAACUGCAAUACAAGUCCGAGUCGACCUGGACGCCGUGCUUUGACAUCCCCUCCGUCAAGAUCCCCUCAGUCGCCUACCUCGGCUUUUCCGCCGAGACGGGCGAGCUGAGCGACAACCACGACAUCGUUUCCGUGCAGACGAAAAACCUGUACUCGGCCGGCGGGACGGCGGAGAAGAGCAAGCCGCUGAGCGGGAGCGGGGGCGCGGGGACGGCCAAGUUCCCGACUGCGGGCACGGGCAUGAAGGGCAGGAGUGGUGGCGGCGGGUGGGGGUGGUUUUUCCUCAAGUUUAUACUUUUUGGGGUCGUGGUUGCGGGGGCGUAUGCGGGGUUUACGAUGUACAGGACGAACAGGAGGCGGGACAGGUUCUAG